GGGGCGCGAGAACUCCGAGCGGAUCCCGAGUCCUCAUUUACCAGACUUUCCGAGGGGUCCCAGGUACAGGGGACAAAGUGAACCGAGUCUCUGAACUUGCGACGCUUUCCCUCAUCCAAAGCAAACACUAGAAAGUGUGGGUUUUGCUAGUGCUAGUCAAUUACGACCUCCAGCGGCUUUGAAAAGUUCAGUUUAAACCGGUGAUGGGCGGAUCCCGUCCCGUGGCAGGCUGUGCGGUGGAUGCUUCGCGACUUAGUGAAGCUCGGUCAUUUGUACUUUGGCGCAAAAAAACUAGCAAACUCGGGAGUAAGAAUUCCCGUUGCAUCAUUUGCCAGGCUUUUGAUCUGAUGUAACCAGUUUUGCACGUUGGGGAUUGCCUUUCUUGUUUCUGAAAUGAAGAUCAAUGUCGGCUUGCUAUGGUUGCCAGAGAACAUUCGUGUUUUAGGACUAUACUGAAGUACUUAGGGGAAGAGGAGUGAAAAAAAAGAAGCAAAUGGGGUGUGUGUGGGAUGACCAAACAGUUGGAAACCUGAAGAGUUUGAAGAGGCUACCCUCAAGAUUAACGAUUCUAGGUGUAAUACUGGGUCACCUGUCCUCUAGCGUGAAAUUAGCACACCUCUUGUCUUGACUGCCUAACAAAAUCUCAACUUUCAAGGCAUACUUACUACCAUCAGGAAGCUUGAAGAUAGUAUGGUCUGAAUUCACAGUGGACUUCUGAACAACAAAGUUGUGUUGACCAGGCUGCCUGGUUGUAGGUUCUUGAUUGUCCACGAUGGGUGAGCCACAGCAAGUGAGUGCACUUCCACCACCGCCCAUGCAGUACAUCAAGGAGUACACAGAUGAAAAUAUUCAGGAAGGCUUAGCUCCCAAGCCUCCCCCUCCGAUUAAAGACAGUUACAUGAUGUUUGGCAACCAGUUCCAAUGUGAUGAUCUUAUCAUUCGCCCUUUGGAAAGUCAGGGCAUCGAACGGCUUCAUCCUAUGCAGUUUGAUCACAAGAAAGAACUGAGAAAACUCAAUAUGUCUAUACUGGUUAAUUUCUUGGACCUUUUAGAUAUCUUAAUAAGGAGCCCUGGGAGUAUAAAACGAGAAGAGAAGCUGGAAGAUCUUAAGCUGCUUUUUGUACAUGUGCACCAUCUUAUAAAUGAGUAUCGACCCCACCAAGCGAGAGAGACCUUGAGAGUCAUGAUGGAGGUCCAGAAACGGCAACGUCUGGAAACAGCAGAAAGGUUUCAGAAACACCUGGAACGAGUAAUUGAAAUGAUUCAAAAUUGCCUUGCUUCUUUGCCUGAUGAUUUGCCCCAUUCAGAAGCAGGGAUGAGAGUUAAAACUGAGCCAAUGGAUACUGAUGAUAACAGCAAUUGUACUGGACAGAAUGAACAACAAAGAGAGAAUUCAGGUCACAGGAGGGACCAGAUUAUAGAAAAAGAUGCUGCCUUAUGUGACCUAGUUGAUGAAAUGAAUGAAAGACCAUGAAUACUAUCUUUUUUUCUUUUAGUGAGUAGCAUCAUAUAUUAGUUUAUUUUCUCUUGGACUGUCUUAAGAGGUAUAACUAAAAAUAUAAAGGGACUUUUUUCUCAGUUGAAAUGCUGUAGGUGAUAAUUUAACAGUAAGCAUAGGCAAGCAAGUAUAUUUGAGUAAUGACCAUAAAAAAGCAGAAUGUUUGCCAUUGUAUGGGAUAGUCCUAUUUUUGGAGUUGGAAUAAAAAUUUGAA